UGUCCGGAGCAGAGCGGAGAGAUGGGGGAGUUCAUGGUUUGCAUCGAUAGGCUCGUGGGCUCGGAAUCGUGCAUCGUGCCGGCGAAUGGGGUCGUCAAUGGAGGCUUUGGCGGCGCCUCGCCGGGGGAAGGGGAAGGCGGAAGAGCAGCGGUGGUGGUGGGGUGUCCAGGGAACAUCAACAGAAGUUCACGCGGCAAGAAGAAGAAGGACAAGGAAGUGGGAGGAAGGGUAGUAGUAGAAUGCAGGAUAUGCCAGGAGGAAGGGGAGGAAGAGGACAUGGAAAUCCCUUGCGCUUGCAAUGGCACCCUCAAGUUUGCGCAUAGGAAGUGUAUUCAAAGAUGGUGUGAUAAGAAAGGGAAUAUCACCUGUGAAAUAUGCAAUCAGGCUUUUGGCCCCAACUAUACUGCACCGCCAAUUAGACCAAGUUCUGAUGUAUUGGCGAUUGAUAUCAGGGAUGAUUGGGAUACACUCAUAGAUCUCCGUGACCCACAUUUUCUUGCCAUUGCUGCUGCACAGCAAGAUCUGCUGAAUGAUUAUGAGGAUUAUGCAACUGAAAAUGCCAACGGAAUUGCUUGUUGUCGUGUCAUUACGCUCAUUUUGAUGCUUCUCUUGCUUCUUCGCAACAUCUUGGUCGUCAUGAAGAAUAUUGAGAUGGUGCAGGACAUAUCGACCUUGUUUAAUAUAAUUUUGGAGUUUGUUGGCUUUUUCUUACCUUGCUAUGUAAUAGCCCGCUCCUGUUAUCGAAUACCAAACUGGAGGAGGUAGCAGAUUUGACGAUCGACUUUCACCAUGAAGCUUUUCAUCCGACAGUAACUAGACAGCUAGCCAAAGAACUUGCCUGGCUGUGUGUCUUUAGGAACUCUUCAGCUCUUCACCGUGACAGGACACCAAAGGUGGUCCUCCUCAAGUAAUCGCAUGCCAAUCGAGUUUGUGUAAGCUAUUACUCUUUGAAAAACAUGUGUAUGCGGAGCAAUCUUUCUUGAUGCUCACUCUUAUCUAUCUGUGAAAAAGGCAAUUCGACAUGUAAAUGAUCCCUUGACUUCCAAUUCUAUGCAUCUUUCGAAUCUUUUUCAGG